ACUGAAGCCUGAGCUACUCAUCUCUCUAAUAGCCGCCAUGGUUCACUGGACAUCCGAAGAGAAGACCACCAUCGCCUCUGUGUUUGGCAAAGUUGAUCUUGAGCAUGAUGGUGGAAAUUCCCUUGGAAGACUACUCCUUGUCAACCCUUGGACCCAGAGGUAUUUCAGUUCUUUCGGAGACCUGUCCAACGCAUCCACAAUUGCUAGAAAUUCCAAAGUACAAGCCCAUGGCAAGAAGGUCCUGGGAGCAAUUAACAAUGCAGCCCACCACUUGGAUACCAUUAAGGCCACUCUACACGACCUCAGUGAUGACCAUGCCAACAAACUGUAUGUGGAUCCAGAGAAUUUCAGGCGUUUCAGUGAAGUGUUCGUGAUUGUCCUGGCUAAUAAACUGGGAUCUUCUUUCACUCCUUCAAUCCAAGCCGCCAUCGAGAAAUUCUUUGCAGUUGUGGUGGAUGGUGUCAGCCACAGCUAUCAUUAA